CAAAUCAGUGACGGAGUGGGAUAGCGUUGACACCUACAUCUUCAUUUGGGAAGAGGAAGUACUCUGUUGAAUAUUACUAUUUAUGUUUCCUCAUGCCGGUUUUUCCCUGCCCAGCCACUAUAAAUGCCAGUCUCAGCAUCAUGGCCAUCAAAAUCUAGCAAAGCCCCUAGGAACACACGUAAAAAAAUAUAUACUGCAAGGACAAUGUUUGGCCUUUGCGUAAUGCAGGUUUUGUUUUUGGGCGUUUUAUUUGUGACUGUACGAACGACCUCGUUACCAUGCUACGAAGAAGGACACCUGAAAGAAAGAGCUCUGAAAAGGCACAAAAUCCAGCCUAGUGAGCAUACAGAGAGAGUACAAGAGGAGACCCCAGUGAAAUGCCCGGUCGAACUUUACUCUGGUUUAGGCAAAUCUCUGAAGGACCGCUCCAUCUCCCCCUGGCGAAUCGUGUAUGAAACAGAAGAGGGCCGAUUCCCGGAGACGAUUGCUGUAGCUCAGUGCCUGUGCGAGGGCUGUAUCUUGAUGAACAUGAACGAGGAUAAGAAGCCAUGGGAGGAUAACACCUACAACUCAGUAACGAUCAAGCAGAGCAAGCGGUUCUUGAGGAAGGAGCUGUGCGAGGAUGGCGAAAGAUACCGGCUGAAACCGUACUCCAAAGACGUGGCCGUAGGAUGCACUUGCAGCACCCAUCGGAUAUAAAUAUACAAUCUGUUGGAUUCACCUUGUUGUAUUUGUUUUAAAAUGCAAUCUGACGUGUGAUGGAGAUCGCGACGGAGUCGUUAUAGACCCCUUUGUUGAUCAUCGCCAACGUCAUUAUCGUCCCAUUUGAAGUUGACAACGUCAUCAAAUACAUACUGGUAUACUAUCAUAUAGUAAUAGGCUGUUAUUAAGCCUAUAACGUGAAGCUAUGUAAAUUAUUCAUAACAAUAUUUAAUUGAAAUUGUAUUUAAGUUAUUUAUUAGAUUUAUUUUGGUGUGGUCGUUUAUUAUGUUAAUAAAGUGCAAAUAAGAAACAA